CUGGUAAUCUCACAACAAAAUUGAAAGGAUGACGAUGUUUUUAGUACUAGUACUGAUUUUCAUGUCUGUAUCACAAGUCAAGACGGCUUCCAUGUUAACCGGUACUAACGAUCAGAACGCCACUGCUCUGAUAAACGAAAGAAAUGAGAUCGAUAUUCUCCGUCAGCUCGUCAAUCAAGAGACACUAAUACGAGUAUCCGUUGUCAAUGACGUCAAGACAGCUCUGGAUGACGUCAAUUCUGUGAAGAAAAACAUGGAAAUAUUACAAAGAAAGGUUGAUUCUCUGACUGAGGAGCAGAAAAGAGUAAACAGUAAUUGCCAGGAAAAGAUUCAGGAACUUGAAAAGAAGUUUACUAAAAAAAUUGCCGAAAUUUACGAAGAUGUCAAACUCAAACAGGAUUGUAAGGACCACAAUAUAAAGGGACAAACACAGUCCGGUGUCUAUGAAAUUCAUCCGUUUGAAAACCAGACCCAAGUCAGCGUGUAUUGUGACAUGGAAACCGAGGGAGGUGGGUGGACAGCAAUUCAGAGACGUGUGGGCGGAUCUGUGAGAUUCAACAAAACGUGGGCGGAGUACAAGACUGGGUUCGGGAAUCCUAACGACUCCUACUGGAUUGGAAACGACGUUAUUCAGCAGUUGACAAAGGGAAGGAACUCAUCUCUCUACGUUUCCAUCACAUUAAGAAAUGGCACAACUCUGUAUGAACUCUAUCAACAGUUUGCUAUUAGUGAUGAAUCGGACAAAUACAGACUUUAUCUUGGUGGGCCAGCUACCGGGACCCUAGGAGACGCUAUGUUAGACACUGGGAAGUCUACGAGAAAUCUGUCUGGAAUGUUCUUCUCCACUCCAGACAGGGAUAAUGACGGAGCUAUGGGUCCGAACUGUGCCGCAGCUAAUGAAGGAGGCUGGUGGUUUAACUACUGCCACCUCGCCUACCUUAACGGUCCCUGGCCCCCGGCAAUGUGGGCCGCUCCAUGGAAACCUAUAGUAGAGGACGGAUCCUCAGUAAGGGAGACCAUGAUGUUAAUUAAACCUCACUAGAUGCAGAUAAUACAGGAGGAAAGAAAUUGAUAUAAUAAUGCAAAAGAAUUCCGUUCCUUAAUAAUACAACAAUGGAUAGUUUAAUAGUACAAGUAUACAAUUUUUAUGUGUGAUUAAAAAAGCUUACUUCUAUGAAAUAUACAUUUUAUAUUUAUAAUCAUUUUACAUAGUACACUAAGAUGAUUUUGCUCAUGGAGUGUUAUUAACUUUUCUUACAAAAUGUAUAAUACGGUAUUAGUAGUUUCGUCAUUUUGUCAAUAAAUGACCUUUUUUCGUUUAAAAUUUCGAUAAUCUUUUUCCUGUAUAUCAAA